CAAAGUCCCACACAUUAAUAAAGGGGCAGCCUAUUUAAACCUAAGCAACUUCUCCCUCCACUAAUAUUAUCUGAGUCCUGGUCUUGAUUCUGCCUCAAAAUGCAGCUUCUUGGGCUUCUGUGCUGCAUGGUUCUCUUCACUCUCUCUUCGACUUUUACAAUUGGACGAUUCUCCAGAGAGACCUCUCAUGCUAUUGAUGGUGAGAAGGUCAUGCGAUGGGACAUCCCCUUCAUCAAUAAAGAUGUGAAGACACCUCUGGUUGGUGGUGACAUGGCUUUGCCUCCUGGGCGUAAUGCUCUGAUAGAUAAAGCAUACAGAUGGCAAUUCCCCAUUCCUUACAUCUUAGAUAACAGUCUUGAUCUGAACGCCAAGGGCGUCAUCUUCCAGGCCUUUGAGACCUAUCGCCUAAAGUCAUGUGUGGAUUUUAAACCUUAUGAGGGAGAGAAGAGCUUCAUCAGAUUUGAAAAAUUAGAUGGAUGCUGGUCAAUGGUUGGAGAUCUUAAAGAAGGGCAGCGUCUGUCUCUUGGUGAAAACUGUGACUACAAAGGCACCAUAAUGCACGAGAUUCUUCAUGCACUGGGUUUCUAUCAUGAGCAGUCUCGCACUGACAGAGAUAACUACGUCAACAUUUGGUGGAAUCAGAUAAUUCCUGGUAUGGAGCACAACUUUAAUAAAUAUGACGACUCUUUCAUAACUGAUCAGAACACCCCCUACGAUUAUGAGUCCAUCAUGCACUAUGGACCAUAUUCUUUUAAUGUAGACCCUCGCUACCCCACCAUCACAGCCAAGGACCCUGAACUCACUCAUGUACUCGGCCAAUACAAUGACUUCAGCUCUCUGGAUUUGCUGAGACUGAAUCGGAUGUACAACUGCAGUGCUCCUCUCACUUUGCUGGAUCAGUGUUCCUUUGAGACACUAGGGAUUUGUGGAAUGGUCCCGAGGAAUCAGGAGAAUGGAGUCCAGUGGGUGCACUCACGGAGCUCCUCUCAGUCACCUGACCAUACUCUGGUUGGUCAGUGCAGAGAUGCAGGACAUUACAUGUUCUUCAGCACAAACUCUGGGAAAGCUGGUGAUUCCGCCUUCCUAGAGUCAAGAACUCUCUACCCUAAACGGAAGCUGCAGUGCCUGCAGUUAUUCUACAAAAUGACUGGAAGUCCAAAAGAUAAACUGGUCAUCUGGACAAAACAAAUAGAAUCCGAUGGUACACCUACUGGCAAGGCUAUAGCAACGCUGAAUGGUGAUGGCGAUCAUUCGUGGAAGAUUGCUCAUGUGCCGUUAAGCAUGAAUGGAAAGUCAUUCUAUGCAUUCCAGGGCAUUAGCGGGGACCCAUCCCAUUCAUCAGGUGGAAUCCUGCUGGACGACGUUACCUUGGCAGAAACUCGGUGUCCCAGUGCCACCUGGAGAAUACCGAACUUCAGCUCCUACCUGGCUAGCUAUGCUGUUGGCGAGUAUAUCCAGAGCCCACGCUUCUACAGUCCUGAAGGUUACGGGUUUGGCCUGCAGCUUCUCCCCAACUCCUAUGUGAAUGGCUAUAUUGGAGCCUUCUUCCAUCUGACCAGUGGUGAGAAUGACAAGACAAUGAAUUGGCCAGCUGGAAACAGGCAGGUUACCCUGACAGUGCUGGACCAGGAUCCUGACGUCACACAGCGACAGUCCUUCUCCUACAGUUUCACAACAAAUGGCAAACAGCUCAUACCAGGUACUGACCGCCUGUACUGGGAUGACCCCUCUAAGGUGGGCACAUAUGACCCAUCCUGUGACUGCUAUCGUGGCUGGACCUGGGGUUACAAUGCAUUCUUCUCUCACUUUGACCUUCACCGCAGGAGCUACUUGAAAAAUGAUGACCUGAUUCUCUUUAUUGAGUUCGAAGAUUUAACCCCACUGAUCAACCAACCAGCAUCUAAUGACAUUUAGGAAACUAAGUGUCUGCCAUUAUGAAAGAUGCUCUAUGUGUGCUAAUGCUGUAUGCUUACUUUUAUGAAUUUGUGCUUAAUGGUGUUUCAUUGUAUUUUACAUGAAGUUACUGUUCUUCACAUAAACUAUACACGAUAAAUCAUGUGAAUUAAAUGUUUGCAUAAAUAAAGCUACAUUUUAAGCAUACUA